CACGUGGCUAUGCGGGCGGCAUGGCGGCGUUGCGGCGGCUCCUGGCGCGGCGGCCCGGGGCCGUGCAGGCGCUGACCGCCGGUAAGGGCCCGGUCCGGCCCCUCCGCAUCGCACGACGAUCCCUUGGGUCGGGGGGGGUGGUGGUGGUAUUGGGCCUUGGGGAUGGGAGGAGCUGGAUGGGCCUUGGGAUUUAUCGGCGCCUGGGCCUGCAGAAGGCCGUCCCCGGAGGCUGCGCUGAGCUCCGUGGGCCGCUCCUUGGUCCGUUCCGUGUCUUUCGGAGCCUUUCCGUGUCUGGGGCGGCCGGUGCCACGAGCCCAGAGGGCCCUCCCCCGCUCCGGGUGGAUCCCCGUAUGUAGCCCGCAGCCCGCUGCUACGCGCCGCUCCGGAAGAGGGGCUGGGGGCUCGGAGCGCCAACAGCCUCCGCUGCUCAUUCCCUCCAUUCCCCGUGGGAUGACGGCACCGUCCCUGCUGCCAGGCGCUGCUGGGAGGGUUCCAGGCACUGCUGGGGCUGUGCCAGGCCACCUCACCGUUCCCUUUGUUAUUUUUAUCUCCUUUGAUGGAAUUCAUUGCCUGGCACCCGCUGUGGGGCUGUGCCGCCACGAUGUUCCUCCGUGUCCUGGAGGGGGGCCAGGCAGAGCCGGGGGGGCCCUCACACUGGGCACACGCUGCAGUUCGAGGCUUGCUCUGGGCUCCCCCUUACCACUGCUGCUCCUCACUGAAGCCAGCUCCUCUGUGCUGUGGGGCAGCCCCUGGGCUGACUGUGGGUGUGUGCAGCCCUCGGUGCUGAAUGGGAUUGGGUGGCCAAGGAGAGGCUCUGUCCUUGCACACGGGUACACCUGAGGGACUGCAGCCCCCCACGCUGUAUCCCAGAGCUCCAGCCCUGCUGUGCAGCUGAGAUGCUCCCACAGCACAGAACUGCAGCCAGGGCCAGGCCGGGGACAUUUCCUGGCAGCUGUGUGCACUGGGGGCAGCCAGCAGCGGUGAAAGCUGCGGGGCAGCACUUUACCUCCCGCAGCCCGGGCUGGGGGCCAGGAUGCCAGCAGAGCCUGAGUCCGGCAGCAGCAGCACGUGCCCGCAAUGGUGACCUGGUGGCCUCCACCUGCAGUGAGCAGCCCGGCAGCCAGAGAGGCCCACGGGGGCUGCCUACACUGUGCCCUACUUAGACUUGAGUGCGCUCCAGGGUCCCUGGCUGCAGUGCGUGGGAGCGGCUGACUCGGCAAGUAGGGCUUGGGGGGGACUAGGGGAUCAGCUUGGGGCUGGGCGGAGUGCAGCAGUGAGCUCCAGCCCUGGCUUAUGGGUUAGGGUCAGGGUCACCUGGCCCUCCUGGGCUAUCCCAGCUGCACAGUCUGGCCUUUGCCCCUCAGAGAGGGAGUGCACACGGGGGGUGGCACUCCCCUGCAGGUGAAUACGGGCUGUGGGGUUCUGGGCAGUGUUCUGCAGCUGUGGCUGUGCCUUCAGGUUGGGGUCUGCUCUGUGAGGGUCUGCAGGGGCUGAUAUGGAGGGGUGGGGGGGGACAAGCUGUGCUCCAGGUUCUCAAUAAGGGAGCAGAAGCAUGGGGGCUGGAGCACUGCCUGGGAACCAGAGUGCUGGGAGCGAGCAGGGAGCCCGCGAGGGCCGGGGCACAGAGUGCCAAGCCAAGGGAGUUGCGUCGAAGAGGUCGGGAGGGCAGGACGGGGCGGGGGCUGCCAAAGACCCGCUGAGCUGCACCCCACUGAGGCCAUGGGCACGCAGCUAAGUCCUGCACACUGAUAUGGAAACACUGCUCCGAGCUGUGCCAGCGGCCAGGAGGAACCAGGAGCGGUCCUGGCACCGAGCGAGGAACAGCACAACUGGGGAUCAGCUGCUUGUGAGGCUGGGGGCAGCGCACGGGCGGGACCCCCACCCCGUGCCCGCUGCCCACCUGAGCUCCGUGCUGGUGGCAGGGGCACUGAUGGGAGCCGGCGACGUGAUCGCACAGCAGCUGGUGGAGCAGCGCGGGCUGCACGGGCACCAGGGCCAGCGCACCCUGAAAAUGAUGGCCAUUGGUUUCUGCUUCGUGGGCCCCGUUGUGGGAGGGUGGUACAGGAUCCUGGACCGGCUGAUCCCAGGGGCCACAAAAACUGUGGCUGUGAAGAAGAUGGUGCUGGACCAGGGCGCCUUUGCACCGUGUUUCCUCGGCUGCUUCCUCGCCAUCACCGGGGCGGUGAACGGGCUCUCGGUGGAGCAGAACUGGGCCAAGAUCCAGCAGGACUACAUGGAUGCGCUGCUCACCAACUACUGUGCUGGCCGUCGUGCAGUGCGUUGCCAUCGUCUGGAACUGCUACCUGUCCUGGAAAGCAAACCGGCUGUGAGGGGGGAGCCGUGCCCCAUGUGCCCCUACCCACCACCUCCGGACCUUUGCUGGGGGGUGCGUGUGGGGCUGGAGCGCUGUGCGGUCCCCCAUGGGGAUGUGAUGGCAGCGGGGCUGCGGGACUGCUCUGUGUGUGCUCUGUGCCCUGCCCCGCACGGGGGGUGCUCCGUCCUUCCCCAGCCCCGCUGCUGGCUCACACCCCACGUGCGGCAGAGUGCUGUGAUACCUCCACCCAGACUUGUGUCGGGCCCUUCGGGUGCACCCAAUAAACGCACCGCUCUUGGCGACGUGUGAAUUCA